AUGCCUAUGAGUAAGAAUAAACUGUUUUUACUACUGGGAAUGAUCUGUUUGCAACAAGGUAAAUCUGCAACUCUCUCUCUUUCCAAAGCUUCCACUUGUGGGCAGAGUCAAGUGAAGGCACAGCCCUGGAAUUACCUGAAUGGUUUUAGUCGCAUUGUUGGGGGAAGCCAAGUGGUAAAGGGCUCUUACCCAUGGCAGGUGUCUCUGAAACGAAGGCAGAAACAUAUCUGUGGUGGAACCAUCAUCUCUCCACAGUGGGUGAUUACGGCUGCUCACUGCGUUGCAAACAGAAAUACUGCAUCGACUUUGAAUGUUACUGCUGGAAAACAUGACUUGAGCCAUAAAGAGCCAGGAGAGCAAACCCUCACCAUUGAAAGCAUCAUCAUACACCCCCAGUUCUCCACCAAAAAACCAAUGGAUUAUGACAUUGCUCUUUUGAAGAUGGCUGGCACCUUCCAUUUUGGCCCGUCUGUGGGGCCCAUGUGUCUUCCAGAACCAGGAGAACAAUUUAAGGCUGGAUUGAUUUGCACGACUGCAGGCUGGGGCCGCCUGACUGAAAACGGCAUCCUCCCGCAAGUCUUGCAAGAAGUGAACCUGCCCAUCUUGACCCAGGAAGAGUGUGUGGCAGCUCUGCUAACCCUAAAUAAACCCAUCAGUGGGCAGACCUUUCUCUGCACAGGCUUCCUUGACGGAGGCAGAGAUGCAUGUCAGGGAGAUUCAGGAGGUUCCCUCAUGUGCCGGAAUAAGAAAGGGACUUGGACUCUUGCUGGUGUGACUUCCUGGGGUUCAGGCUGUGGUCGAGGCUGGAGGAACAAUGUGCAGAAAGACGAUCAAGGAUCCCCUGGGAUCUUCACAGAUCUUAGUAAAGUGCUUCCCUGGAUCCGCAAACACAUCCACAUUGGUAAUAAAGCUAGCACCUAAGGUCAA